UUUUCUUUUAUCCACGGCAUCAAACUUGUCUCAACCUCACCUCGAAAGGACACAAAGCCUACAGCCACCCCCGUUUAGUUUCCCCGUACCCCACUUUCCAGAUUCCCGCUCCGUCAACAUGGCCGACAUACAUCCCGGAGCCUUCAAGGCCUUAAUCGCCAACCUCAAGGCCACAAACGUGACCAAGACGGUCCACUCGACGUCAUACCCGGCCAUUUCCCCGCUCCGCCCCGAGCUCAGCCAGGCCGGGUGGACCGUCUUUAUCACCGACGGCACCGGCGGCCUCGGCCUGGCCAUCGCCAAGAGCUUCGUCGCCGCCGGGGCCGCGCGCGUCGUCAUCGUCGGCCGUAGACUCAAUUCCCUGGCGGCGGCCCAUCAGAGGCUGGAGGAGGAGGCCGCCAGGCUGUCGUCCCCAAGCGUCAUUAUCCACAGACAGUGCGACGUGGCGGCCGACGCCGACGUGGAAAGGCUGUGGGUCGACGCCGAGGUCGGCCCCGUCCACGUCCUCGUUCUCAACACGGCCGCCUUCCGGAGGGAGCACAAGUCGCUGGUUGACAUCGGAUACAAGGUCGUUUGGUCUUAUUUCGAAACCAACGUCGAGGGAAAUAUCCACAUGACGGAGAGCGUACUGCUCCCUACACUUUACAUUUGCCACCCUGAAACCGCACCGGGGGCCUUCCACACCGGCAGCGCCACCGACCACAUCGGCUUCGCAGCAGAGGACCUGGCCUUUGACGACACAUCCAUGCCGGCCUCGGUCGCCGUCUGGCUGGCCUCGCGGGAGGCCCGUUUCCUUCACGCCGCUUCAAUUUGGCGUCCUGGGAUGUGGAGGAACUCGCGACCGGGGAGCUGAGGAGGCGGAUCGACGAGGACGCCGACUUCCCAAGGAUCGGCGUUGUUGGGCUCAAAGUA